AUUGUCAUUCCUGACAAAGCGACUGUCAAGAGAAACGAGCAAACCACAGUUCUCUUAUACCUGGCUGACCAUCCACGAAAUCAAUCUAGUCUGUGAAAGACUAUACAAAGUAGGCAGCUGAGAAACAGGUGAACCCUGUUUUAACAGUGCCUUUAGAACCAUGUCGUCAAUCCUGAGUGCUUUUGGUGUGUUGGCUGCAACAGUUGCUGUUGUGAAAUUUAUCCAAUGGCUGAUUUGGUACCGAUCAUAUUUUGCCUUUUUCAACGCACUUCCUGGAGAGACAGAUUUCAGUUUUAUAUGGGGAAAUCUUCAACAUUUAAGAGGUAAACCCCCAGAGGAAAGAAUGAAGUAUAUAAAUAGCUUGAUGUUGAAACACCCAAGAUUCUUCCGGAUUUGGGCUGGCCCAUUUAGAGCAAUGGUGGCUUUGUAUCAUCCAGAAACAAUCAGAGAUCUUCUCAAAACAGCAGAGCCCAAGCCAGAGAUGUAUAACUUUGCACUGCCCUGGCUUGGUGAAGGUUUGCUAUUGGCCAAUGGAGAGAGAUGGUCAAGGUCACGGCGCCUUCUGACUCCAGCUUUUCACUUUGACAUUCUCAAGCCUUACAUUGUCAUUAACAACAGGGCAGCCGACUUGUUGCUGAAUCGAAUCAAAGAGAGCGUGGAUGAAAAAAGAAGUUUUGAAGUGUUCAGUCUCAUCAGUCUCUGUACACUGGAUGUAAUACUACAGUGUGCAAUGAGCUUCAAAGAUGAUAUUCAGCUAAAAGGAGAAGGUCACCCUUAUGUUCAGGCGGUCAAUGAGCUUUCCCACUUGUGGUUUGAACGGGGAAGGAAUCCUUUUUUGUACCUUGACUUCGUGUAUCGAAUGACUCCAAACGGCCGAAAGUUCCUGAAGCAGUGCAACGUCGUUCAUUCCCUUUCAGAGAGAGUCAUUCGUCAGCGAAAAGAGCAGCUGGAAAUCGAAGGACCCCCCAAGAAAAGGUACCCAGAUUUUCUUGACAUCCUCUUGACGGCCAAGGACGAAGCGGGCCAAGGUCUGACACCCAGGGAAAUACGAGACGAGGUGGACACUUUUAUGUUUGAAGGUCAUGACACAACGGCCUCAGCCAUCUCGUGGAUCCUGUACUCGCUGGCCCAGCACCCCGAGCACCAGCAGAAAGUCCAAGCGGAAGUGGAUGCCAUCCUGAUGGAGCGGGACUCGGACGACAUCGAGUGGGAUGAUUUACCUAAACUGGAGUACCUCAGCCGGGUCAUCAAGGAGGGCAUGCGGUUGCACUGCCCCGUGCCCUUCAUACAGCGGAAACUAACACAACCCACCACUGUCGAUGGUGUCACACUUCCAGUCGGAACACAAUGCACCAUCCAGAUCUUGAACCUUCAUCACAACCCGCAGGUCUGGAACGACCCCUGGACCUUCAACCCGGACAACUUCAGUCCUGAAAACUUGCAGAAUAAAGACACCUACGCUUUUGUGCCUUUCUCCGCUGGCCCCAGGAACUGCAUCGGUCAGCACUUCGCUAUGAACGAAGAGAAGGUGCUCCUCGCCCGACUUCUGCGCAAGUACAGUUUUUCAUUGGACGAGAGCCACCACGUGAGCAGAAAGAUUGCGGCUGUCAUGCGGGCAGAGAAUGGCAUCAAGAUGUUUGCUACGCCCAGGAUCUAGAGGCGGCCUGCAUCAGUAUCGAUGAGUGCCUCACCCCAGUCUUUCUGCCCAACAUUGGGCCAUCCUGUGAUAAACAUUUGACACUCCAGAUACGCAGUUCGUUGAGUUUAUCUCACAGUGCAAAAUUAUCUUUCAAAUAUUGAUGACAGAGUAUGUGCAAUAUGAAGGUCUCCCUAAUUUAUCUCCAGCUUACAGUGUGUUUAAUCAGAGAUGUGACUUAAUACAUCUCAAACUAUUAUUUUUUAGUUAAUUAGGUGAGAGUUUUCAACACCAGAAAAUAAUCGUAUGUGAUUGUAGAAGGCGAAGGGACUCACAUGUAAGAUAACACAUUCAUUUUAGAGCACAUUCAGAGUUGAAAUUUAUACCUUCUUCGGGUCGUGCACUUUUGAUUACUCUUCACAACGCUUUUGAACACUUGGACAAUCUUCGUCGGGACAAUUCUUCAAAGUUUUUAUAGUAAAAAAACACCAGCUGGACUGAUGGAGCAGAGAAAGUACAGAAUACGUUUAAGGGACAAACGGUGCAAGCAGUUCUUAUGCACUUUUGUCAGCUGCAGACUCGUCCGAGAGCAUUCUAAUUGCCUGUGAACUAUAAAUCACGUACAGUCGAGCUAAAGAGCUUAUGAUUCGACAGUAAGUAAAAUAUUGGUGAAAAACCCAAGAAAAGUUUCCAGUGAUUGGAGUAAUGUACGAUUUGGUAUGUAUUCUUAUUUUCUUAAGUUGCUGUAUCAAUAUUAAAUUAUUUCAUGGCAAAAAUA